AGUGCCAGCGCCAGUGCAUAAAUAUUUAAAUUAAAAUUAACAAAAGCAUUAGUAGUUCGACUUAAGUGGAUUCAAGUCAAGUGUGGAAAAGUGCAUUUAAAAACUGCGAAAUGAGUGUUCAACAAUUCGAGCAAGAAGUUCUUAAUGCCCAUAAUUCAUAUCGGGCCAAGCAUGGAGUUUCGCCCUUGAUAUUGAGCCCCAAACUGAAUCGGUUGGCCACCGAAUGGGCCAAGUAUUUGCUGUCGAGCAAUCGCAUGGAGCAUCGCCAGAACAGUGGAUAUGGAGAGAAUAUCUACAUGGCCUCCGGGGGAAAUCUAGAAGGAUCGGAUGCCGUCAGAUCCUGGUACGAAGAGGUACGACAAUACAAUUGGAAUUACCCCUCCUUUCAAGGCAGCACGGGGCAUUUCACUCAGGUGGUUUGGAAGAGUUCCACUGAGUUGGGCGUCGGUUUUGCAAAAAGGGGCAAUACCAUCUUUAUAGUGUGCAACUAUAAUCCCCCUGGCAAUUACAACAAUUUGUUUAGGGAGAACGUAGUUCCCCCGAGGCGAUAAAAACGGUUUUAUUUAUAACCUACAGUCAUUCCAAAGAUAUACAGGAAUUUUUAUACCCGCAUUAGUGAAUUUAUAUUUUGUUAUCAGGGAAGUACUCUAAAUA